AUGGAAGAACAUCAAGACAAAGAUAAUAAUAAAAUCAGCUUCGAUCAGUAUGGAAGAAAAACCUGGAAUGUUGAUGCAUAUGCGAAAGAAGCAAAAAAUAAGUCAUAUAAAAAGAAUAACUCAUCUACACCAAAUGUCAAUAAAUCUUCUAUAAAUUCAGAUAAGCCUUUAUCAUACCUAACGCAUAGAGAUAAAUUGCUCAAUGAGCUGUUAUCGGCUGUAAACCAGCAUACUAUUAUAAAUCCAUUGAAUACUAGCUCUUUUGGUAAAAAUAAGAAAUUUGGUUUCUUCUGUCUGAUUUGCGAUUUGUCGUUUCGGGAUAAUUUGGCAUUGAUAGACCACAUAAAUUCGCCACUACAUGUCCAAAGGUCACAGUCAUUGGUAACAAAGCAUGAUGGUGAAGAAACUGAAAUAUUAGAUGGAAGUGUAAGGCGAGCUACGGUUGACGAGGUAAGGCUUACUCUAGAGUCUUUAAUAUCGAAACUGACACAAGAGAAAAAUUCCGGGAACAACAAGAUAGACAUAAAGGAAAGAAUACUCAGGCGACAGGAGUUUGAAAGAAAACAACAAGAAAAGAGAAAGGAGAGGAGACUGAAGGCAAAACAGAAUAAGGUAGCACGAAAAGAGAAAGGUGAACAAAUUAAUAAUGAAUUAUCCUCUAUGAUGGGCUUUGGUGAUUUUGGUUCGACGAAGAAAUAA